AGUCGGUAGACAUCCGCGACGUGAUGAGCACGCGUACCAGAUAAAUAAAUUAAACAGGUGUGUUCGAAAGUGAAAUUUUGUUGCGAGUCGAAUAUUCAGUGCUGCAUAACACAAAAGCUAUGACUGUCGCCGAAUAUUGGAAUGCUGAUUACCUGUACUGGUUCUUCUUUGUAAUGAUAAUUAUCGGUCUCCUCACAUUCAUCGCUUUCAUCUGUCUACUCUACGCUAUCCGACUAUACGCACAGUACACUUGCGGUAUCUAUACAGGGAAGACCAAAAUGGAUGGGAAGACUGUUAUCAUAACUGGAUGUACGAGCGGUAUCGGCAAGGAAACCGCAAGAGAACUGGCGAAGCGAGGGGCAAGAGUAAUAAUGGCAUGCAGAAAUAUCGAUGCAGCGGAGGAGAUCAAAAAUGAGAUAAUCGAGAUGACGAAAAAUGAAAAUGUCGUAGUCAAGAAAUUGGACUUAAGUUCUUUCGCCUCCAUACGCGAGUUUGCUGAGGAUAUCAACAAGAAUGAACAGCAUCUUGAAGUCCUUAUUCAUAACGCUGGCUACGCAGAAAGUUUCAAGAAAAACAAAUCAAUAGACGGCAUCGAACUCACAAUGGCCACCAACCAUUAUGGGCCCUUUCUUCUGACGCAUCUCUUGAUAAAAUUAUUGAAGAAAUCCUCUCCAUCCAGAAUCGUUGUGGUUGCAUCAUCUUUGUACCGUAUCGGGUCUGUCAAUCUGAAUAAUCCAAAUCCAGUUGACACUUUCCCUGGGUAUUUGUACUACGUGUCUAAAGAAGCUAACAUACUCUUCACGAGGGAAUUGGCGCGACGCUUAGAAGGAACGGGUGUCACAGCUAACUGUCUUCACCCUGGAUUAAUUGACACAGGGAUAUGGCGUUCGGUUCCAAGACCUUUGAGCUGGGGUCUAAAUUUAAUUAUCAAGGGUUUCUUUAAGACGCCGGUUCAAGGAUGCCAAACAUCAGUUAUGCUUGCAGUCGACGAAAACCUUUUAAAGGUAACUGGAAAAUACUUUUCAGAUUGCGAAGAAAGUUCUGUGUCCAGCUCAGCGAGCGAUAUGGGCAGGGCAAGGAAACUUUGGGAGAUUUCUGAAAAGAUGGUCAAGUUGGAAGACGAUGAUCCUAGGCUUUGAUAAUUUUUCAAUCUAUUUUGAGCAAUGUAUUCAAUACUGUUUUUGUAAGAAUGUUUUAGUUAACAUAAUACAUAUUUUUAAUUAUUGUUUUUAUAAAUAAAAUUCAUUAGGUAUAAUACAAUGCGUUUAUUUAUUUUUUUAUUUACUUAUUGUAGAUAGCGAAUUCCGAGGUUGUUUGCCGGUGCGGAAUCUAUCCGUAUUGCGUUAGUUUUUUUUUAUUUUAAUAAUAUUUUAUAACCUAAAAUAUUAAUGUACUUAUUCAAUUUAACUUUUUAACUUUUAAUAAAAAUAAAAAACUUUUUUGUUUU